CACAGCGUGCGCUCGGAUUUACCAGUGCUGGAUCGGCAGGAUUUGUGAAAUUCGCCAGGAUUUGUGAAAUGAGAAGGAGUUAGACCGGUGAAGUUUGAACACAAUGGAUGUACUCGGUGGAUACGUUUUUACUUUCCUGGCGGUAGGACUGACCUUCGGGAAUUCAGCGGGACUCAUCGCACCCGACUUCAUCCACCCCUGCAACACCACCGAUUCGGAAUGCCUCAUCAAGGCGACGCAGGAGGCCAUCCCGGAGUUCUCCAAGGGUCUACCCAAUCUCGGUGUGCCUGCGCUGGACCCGUUUGUGAUCGACGAGCUGCCGAUCCAGCUGCCAGGAGUCAAGGUCACGUUCCUGGAUGGGAAGGUUACUGGAUUGAGGAAGUGUCAAGUGCUUAAUGUUGAAGCAUAUUUGGAGAAAAAUAUAUUUAUCUUAGAAAUCCGGUGUAAUAUAACAAUCAAAGGGAAAUACACAGCCGUGGGACGAUUGCUACUAUUCCCAAUCAAUGGAGAAGGCGAUUCCAAAAUAAAAAUUGUGAACUCCGUGAUCAAACUGAACAUCAAGACGAAAUAUUUCAAAGACGAAGAGGGCAGGGAUCACUUUGGGAUCAAAAACUACAAGUACAGCUUCGACUACGGUGACAGAGUGCAUUACACCAUCAACAACCUGUUCAAAGGAAAUCCGGAGUUGAGUGAGACAGUGUUACAAUUCUUGAACGAAAACUGGAGGGUAGUCACAGAAGAAUUCGGCCAACCCGUGGUAGACUACGCCAUGAACGUCACAAUAGACACAGCGAGAAAAUUCUUCUCAGCGGUGCCCUAUGAUGAGCUCCUCUACGUACCUAUCCCUAAAUACUAGAUUUAAGUCUAAAGGCCUAAACGUUGGACCAUGAUUGACAAACUGCUUCAUGAUUGCCACAAAUACG